UAUGAAUUAACCUUAUCUUCAUCCGGCAAAUCAAAUUAUUUAAGAUUCAGCACCCAAAGAAACUCUGUAUGUAACUGGAUUGAAUGAUAAGAUUAAACUUGAUGAUUUGAAAUUUGUUUUGUACAUACUUUUUUCAUAAUUUGGAGAAGUUCUUUAAAUGGUUAUGAAGAAAACACAAAAAUUAAGAGGAUAAGCAUUUAUUGUAUUUUAAAACAUUACAUAUGCUACAAAUGCUAAAGCAGCUUUAUCAGGUAUGAUAGUAUAUGAUAAACCAUUGGUAUCUAUUCCUGAUAUUUUAGAUUAUUGAAUUUGCAUAUAAGAAGAGUGUUAUUUUUGAUAGAAUUGAAGGCAAAUUUUAUUAUAAAUAAAAACAACAUAAAGAAUUGUAACCUAAUUUGCCAAAUGAAUUGAUGAAAGAAAAGAAAUAAAAAAAAUUUGAAGAGAAAAUACAAAAUAAUAAUAGCAAUUUAAAUUAGGGAGAAAUCAAUAAUGUCUUAUUGAUAGAAUCAUUACCUCCAUUUGUUACAGAAAUAAUGUUAUCAGAAUUAUUUAGGUAAUACCCUGGUUAUUCACUGAUUAAGUUGAUACCUGCUAGAGGCUUAGCAUUUGUUGAAUAUUAGAAUGAUGAUUAAGCAACAGUUGCAUUAAAAGGUUUGAGUAAUUUUAAAAUCACUCCUGAAUGUCAAUUAAAAGUAAAAUAUGCCAAAAAGUGAA